AGGGUGGAGUUUCCUCACACACACACACAGACAGAGCGAAGAAGGCGGAGACUGCGGCGCCGUGUUGGCCCUCCUCGUCGUCGGUGUGUCUUAUCUCUCUCUCCCUCUCUCCGUCGGUCCUUCAGCCUGAGAGGGAGAGGCAGAGAAGCGGAGGGAGGAUGCGACGACGGCCUCGCCCGGCUGGCAGUGACAACAUCAUGAUCACUUAUUUUACCAUUCUAAAGAUGGGUUGCUGUUACUGAUGGAAAGAAGUCCAAUAUGAGUGGAAAUGAUGUUGGGGGAAGAAGACGCUUUGAAGAUAGUGAACAUACACUACACAUAUACCCUGGGAGUAUUGCUGAAGGGACCAUCUAUUGCCCUGCUAUUGCACGAAAAACGUCCACUGCUGCUGAGGUGAUAGACUCUCUGAUUAACAAACUCCAGCUUGACAAAACAAAAUGCUACGUCUUGGCAGAGGUGAAAGAGUUUGGUGGGGAGGAAUGGAUCCUCAACCCCACAGACUCUCCUGUCCAGCGCAUGAUGUUGUGGCCUCGUAUGGCACUAGAGAAUCGUUUGAGUGGAGAGGACUACCGCUUCCUUCUGAGGGAAAAGAAUCUCGAUGGGUCAAUACAUUAUGCCAGCCUUCAAUCCUGGUUGCGAGUGACAGAAGAGCGACGCAGGAUGAUGGAACGUGGCUUCCUUCCUCAGCCACAGUACAAAGACUAUGAUGACCUGUGUGCUUUGCCUGAUCUGAAUGAAAGGACACUUUUGGAAAACCUUAGAAACCGCUUUAAGCAGGAAAAAAUUUAUACAUAUGUUGGGAGCAUACUAAUAGUCAUUAAUCCAUUUAAAUUUCUUCCCAUUUACAACCCGAAAUAUGUCAAAAUGUAUGAUAAUCAUCAACUAGGGAAGUUGGAGCCUCACAUUUAUGCAGUGGCUGAUGUAGCAUACCAUGCUAUGCUUCUGCGUCGGAAGAACCAAUGCAUUGUCAUUUCUGGAGAAAGUGGGUCUGGGAAAACGCAGAGCACAAACUUCUUGAUUCAUCACCUCACUGCUCUUAGCCAAAAAGGAUUUGCCAGUGGAGUUGAACAAAUCAUUCUUGGAGCUGGACCAGUGCUUGAGGCAUUUGGGAAUGCAAAAACAGCACACAAUAACAACUCAAGUCGCUUUGGCAAGUUUAUCCAAGUGAAUUAUCAGGAGACUGGCACAGUGCGUGGUGCUUAUGUUGAAAAAUAUCUGCUAGAAAAGUCCAGGCUAGUCUAUCAGGAACAUAAUGAGAGAAACUACCACGUAUUUUAUUACCUUCUGGCAGGAGCAAGUGAGGAAGAGAAGUCAGCAUUUCACCUUAAACAACCUGAUGAAUACCAUUAUCUUAAUCAGAUGACAAAGAGACCCCCCAAACAGAGCUGGGAUGACUGUUACUAUGAGUCUGAGCCGGACUGCUUUACUGUUGAAGGGGAAGACUUGAAGCAUGACUUUGAGCGUUUACAGCUAGCUAUGGAGAUGGUGGGCUUUUUUCCCAAAACUCGCAGACAGAUUUUUUCCCUCUUAUCGGCAAUACUACAUCUGGGUAACAUCUGUUACAAAAAGAAAACCUAUCGAGAUGAUUCUAUCGAUAUCUGUAACCCAGAGGUCCUACCUAUUGUCUCAGAGCUACUGGAGGUGAAAGAAGAAAUGUUGUUUGAAGCACUGGUUACAAGAAAGACUGUGACUGUUGGGGAGAAGCUUGUGUUACCCUACAAACUGGCAGAGGCUGUUACCGUCCGGAAUUCUAUGGCUAAAUCUUUGUACAGUGCACUCUUCGACUGGAUAGUUUUUAGAAUUAAUCAUGCACUUUUGAAUACCAAGGACCUAGAGGAGAGUACCAAGACUUUGUCCAUUGGAGUACUUGAUAUUUUUGGGUUCGAAGAUUAUGAAAGUAAUAGCUUUGAACAAUUCUGCAUUAAUUUUGCAAAUGAACGUUUACAGCACUAUUUUAACCAACACAUCUUUAAACUGGAGCAGGAGGAGUACAGACUUGAAGGCAUCAGCUGGCAUAACAUAGACUACAUUGACAAUACUGGUUGCAUAAACCUCAUCAGCAAAAAACCAACAGGAUUGCUCCAUCUGCUGGAUGAGGAAAGCAAUUUCCCACAAGCCACAAACCAAACACUACUAGACAAGUUUAAGCGUCAGCAUGAAGGGAACCUCUACAUUGAAUUCCCAACUGUGAUGGAGCCUGCUUUCAUUAUAAAACAUUAUGCUGGGAAAGUUAAAUAUGGUGUGAAGGAUUUCCGGGAAAAGAAUACUGAUCAUAUGCGGCCAGAUAUUGUGGCACUCCUAAGAAGCAGCAAAAGUGCCUUUAUCUGUGGAAUGAUAGGGAUCGAUCCUGUUGCUGUUUUUCGCUGGGCGGUCCUCAGAGCUUUCUUCAGAGCUGCAGUGGCAUUUCGGGAGGCUGGGAAACGGUACACUGAAAAGAAACCUGGGCAUGAUGAUGCGGUUUUGAAAAGUGUGGAUAGUUUUAGCUUUCUCCAUCACCCAGUUCACCAGAGGAGCUUAGAGAUCCUGCAGAGAUGCAAGGAGGAGAAGUACAGUAUUGCCCGAAAACACCCAAGGACACCCCUUUCGGACCUUCAAGGCGUUAACACUAUCAAUGAGAAAGCCCAACGAGAUGCGUAUGGAGUUGGCUGGAAUAGCAGGAUGUGUGUCCGACAGAGCCGGCUCUCCAACCAUAGCGGUUUUCUGGAUAAAGAUGGAAUAUUUGUGAAUUCUACAAACAGCAAGCUUCUGGAGAGAGCCCACGGUAUUCUCAUGAGAAACAAGAACUUCAAAGCCAAACCUAACCUUCCAAAGCAUUUGCUGGAAGUGAAAUCCCUCAAGCACCUUGCUAACCUAACGCUUCAUGACCGUAUCACAAAAUCUCUCCUCCAUCUUCACAAGAAAAAGAAGCCCCCAAGCAUCAGUGCGCAGUUCCAGACUUCACUUACCAAACUGAUGGAAACUCUUGGCCAGUCAGAACCUUACUUUGUCAAGUGUAUUCGCUCCAAUGCUGAAAAGCUUCCUCUGAGAUUCAGCGACAACCUGGUGCUUAGGCAGUUGCGGUACACAGGGAUGCUAGAGACGGUUCGCAUUCGGCAGUCGGGGUACAGCUGCAAAUACUCUUUUGAGGACUUUGUCGACCAUUUCUAUGUACUUCUUCCACAAGGCACUGUCCCAUCAAAACAAAAUAUCCAAGAUUUCUUCAGGAAGACCAAGGUGGACCCUGACAAUUACCAAGUGGGGCAAACAAUGGUUUUCCUGAAAGAACAGGGGCGGCAGUUUUUACAAGGCCUGUUGCAUGAGGAGGUGCUGCGGAGGAUUACCUUACUGCAAAGCUGGUUCCGUGCUAUGCUCCAUAGAAGGCACUUCCUUAAUUUGAGGCAGGCAGCUACUGUUAUUCAGAAAUAUUGGCGUCAUUAUUUGUUAAGAAAAAAAGCUGAGUCAGAAGAGGCUCUGGAUAAUUCAGCCCAUUUAGACAAGGCAGCCGUUGUUCUUCAAGCCCACUGGCGAGGCUGGGUGGCAAGGAGAAGGUUCCAGCAGAUGCGGAUGGCGGGUUUUACGAUCCAGAGCUAUUGGCGGAAAUGCCUGAGACGUAGGCAUGCUGCAGCUACUACAAUCCAGGCAAAAUGGCGGACCUACCACACCAGAAGACUCUAUAGGGACACAAGGAACAAAGUCAUUUUGUUGCAGGCAGCAUACAAAGGAUGCAGAGAACGAGAAAGACUUAGAACUUUAAAGAAGCAGAGCUUGAGAGGAUCUAAACUGAAAAAUGGAGUAGCAGUUAAAGAAGAUGGACAAGAACAAGAGGAUGGUUUGGACAUUAAGGGAUCAGAUCCUUCUGACUGGGAAGACGGUUCAUUUGAAAAGAGAGUGAAAGAUGUAGAAGAGCAUAAAUCAGGGAUGGAAAAUAGAGUAGGUCACAUAGACCCCCUGGAUAAUUCUCGGACUUCAUUGUAUAAACACCAUGAAAGAGCCAACAGCCAGAGUGGAACAAACCUGGAAGAGCAAGUUGUUGUGAGAGAGCGACCAAAGUCGCUGGAAGACCUCAAUCAAAAAAAAGUAGUCCGUGCAAAACGAGAGAGCCGGCGGAUGCGUGAAUUGGAGCAAGCCAACUUCAGUUUAGAGUUGCUCAAGGUCCGGUCCACUGGUGGGACAUCGCCAUCAGAGGAGCGCCAGUUCUCCCCUGAGUGGAUAUCUGAAGAGGGCCACUCUCCCCAGGGAACCCCAGAGAGUGAAAUCUCUCAAGGAAGUCUAGAGAUGCUGAGCCAUGAAGAGAUUCAGAAAGAGAAGCGGGACCCUAUGUUGCUGCAGGAGCAGAAUACCCAACCCUUUCCUCAAAACUCAUUACUGAAUAGUCCUCAACGGGACGAAAUUCAAGGCAUCCCCCUGUUUGCUGCUGAUGUAAAUAGCAAUGUGCCAGAUAGAAAACAGUCAGUGUCAAGUUCUGAAGUACCAAAGUGCCUUGCAACUACAGAGCGGCCAGUUCGUGACCAACAGGGAAUAGUGCAUAAUGUGCACACAAGAGAACCACUAAUUUCAAACAGCCUCCCUACAUUUUACUUGCCCCCAAAAGAUAAUCUGCAAUCUGGUCAUUCGAUGAUACAGAACAAUUUAAGGAACAAACAGAUGGAAGUGCGGGACACACCUUUUCUUCCAGAAGUAAAAAAGAAUUCUCAGUUGGAGAGUCCAGAGCACAGCUAUCAUGGAGAAUGUCAGCCUUCCUUCACUAGAGAAGAGGGUUCAGCUCUUAAAGCUUCAGAAGUGCCUUCUUCAGAUUCCAUUCUCAAGAAGCUGGAGAAGCUCAAUGUGGAGAAAGAGGAGCGUAGGAAACAAAAACAGCUUCAGAAUGAGAAAGAAAUGAUGGAGCAGAUACGGCAGCAGAAGGAAAUUUUGGGGAAACAGCGUAAAGUUUUUGAAGAAUUUGAGCGGCAAGAGAACGAGCAGAACAGAAUCAGAGAGUUCUCCCAAGGAGCCUCUCUCAAGUCACCAAAGAAAAUAGAUGAGCCUCAGUCUGUCCUCAUCGUGAAUCCCCAAAACAAAGGGGAGUAUUGUCAUUCAACGGGCCCAGAGACCACAGCAUCUUCGAAUAGUACAGCUUUCACUGCCAUAAAAAAAGAAAGCCCACCUGCCAGCAAGAUGACCCAAAAGGAAAGGACUAUUGUCAUGAUCUUGGAACGAAAGGAAGAUCGGAUCCCAGAUGCCAAGGAACAGUCGACCAGUACAGAACAGUUAAAUUCACAGGCGGCUGCCAACUCUCAGGAAGGCAUGAGCAAUCCAUCUGCAAGGGAGAGGAGGUUCCGGUUGCCCAGAAUUCCGAGCCAAGGCACUGAAAACUUAUCUGGUGAAACCAGACCUGGUUCCAUUUUUUUUACCCCAAAGGAGUGUUACAUGGGUACUAGCCAAGAAUCUUCAGCCCAUCUUUUGGCUUCGAAAGAAGAACAUAAGAAACCCCUGAAGAUUUCUGGACCAUUCAGGGGCGAGCAGGUUGCCAGACCGGCCCAUAAAAAGAAAGCCCGCAUGGCACGGACACGCUCCAAUUUCUUGACUAGAGGUGCUUGUGCUGAUUGGGAGGGGGAUACGGAGGAAGAGGAUUGUGAUGACAGUUUUGAAUUCCUUCUCUCCCUUGACCAACCUCCUCACCCUGAGCCCGGCUGUGCAGCCAGACUUGGGCAGCCCUGUCACAGUGACUCUGAAAUGAUGCUGCAGCGAUUCACAUCGAGUGAAGGCCAAGCAAAGCUUCAUAAAACCAUGUCUCAAGGAGAAAUUGGAAAGCUGGCAUCUUCACAGAAGAUUGUAGCUGCAGAUGGGAGCAGACCUCAAAAAGCCAAGAUGAAAUUCUGGGGGAAAGGAAAACAGGGAGAGAAGAAAAUGAGCAGGGAGAAGCUUGCCACCCAAUCAGAGCUGCUGGAAUUUUAUUCGAGUCAAGAUUCUACAGGGCUACAGCUUGAUGAAGAGCUAACCCCACCAAGGAGCCCGGAAUUGUCUGGCAUCUAUCGAAGGGAAUGUAAGGAAAACAAAGAGCCAUCUCCCAAAGUGAAGCGAAAGCGCAGCUUAAAAAUCAGCAGUGUAACUAUGGAACCUGCCCAGUGGCAGAACGAUGCUCUUCAGAUCAUAACCAGUGCCAGAGACUUGAAAAGCAUGGAUGAAUUUCUUUUGAAAAAGAUGAACGAUCUAGAUAGUGAAGAUUGUAAAAAGGACACAAUGGUGGAUGUUGUCUUUAAAAAAGCCUUAAAAGAAUUCCGACAAAAUAUUUUCAGUUUCUACUCUUCAGCUUUGACAAUGGGCGAUGGAAAUAGCAUCCGGUACAAAGACCUAUAUGCCCUUUUUGAACAGAUUCUGGAGAAAACAAUGAAGUUUGAACAGAGGGACUGGAAUGAAUCCCCUGUUCGGGUCUGGGUCAACACCUUCAAAGUGUUUUUGGAUGAAUAUAUGACAGAAUAUAUGCCUCUGGAUUAUACUGCCCCAAAGAUGACCAAAACGGAAAGAAAGAAAAGAAGGAAGAAGGAAACUGAUGUUGUAGAAGAGCAUAAUGGUCACAUUUUUAAGGCCACUCAGUACAGCAUACCCACAUACUGUGAAUUCUGUUCCUCCUUGAUUUGGAUAAUGGAUAGAGCCUCUGUUUGCAAAUUAUGCAAGUAUGCCUGCCACCGAAAAUGCUGUCUAAAAACCACAACAAAAUGUUCCAAAAAGUAUGAUCCUGAGCUUUCUUCACGGCAAUUUGGAGUUGAACUCUCCCGGCUGACCAGCGAAGAGCGAACAGUGCCAGUACUCUUUGAAAAGCUCACCAGUUAUAUCGAAAUGCAUGCACUCUACACAGAGGGCAUCUACCGGAAAUCUGGAUCAACCAAUAAGAUAAAAGAGCUGCGACAGGGACUUGACACAGACAUUGAGAGCAUAAAUCUUGAUGAUUACAACAUCCAUGUCAUUGCCAGUGUGUUCAAGCAGUGGCUAAGGGAUCUUCCUAAUCCUCUCAUGACAUUUGAACUUUAUGAUGAAUUUCUUCGAGCGAUGGGCUUGCAGGAAAGGAAGGAGGCCAUCCGUGGAGUAUACUCUGUUAUUGAUCAGCUUUCUCGAACUCAUCUUCAUACCUUGGAACGGCUGAUCUUUCACCUUGUCAGGAUUGCCCUGCAAGAGGAGACCAAUCGAAUGUCUGCUAAUGCCUUGGCCAUUGUAUUCGCUCCAUGUAUUCUUCGUAGUCCUGACACCAUGGACCCCCUGCAGAGUGCUCAGGAUGUCAGCAAAACCAUCAGCUGUGUGGAGCUGAUAGUUAUUGAGCAGAUGAAUAAAUAUCGGGCCCGGCUCAAAGACAUCAGCAGCCUGGAGUUUGCAGAGAACAAGGCCAAGAGCCGACUGUCAUUGAUUCGCAGGUCCAUGAAACCUGUACUAAUUGCCGUUAGAUUUAUGAGCAUAACCCGCAGCUCAAUCCCGGGCAAAGGGCGUGCACGCCGAGGGACCUAUCCGAGCCCCUCAUCACCAGCCCCAGUUCGAUUACCAUCUGUGUCGGAUGUUCCUGAAGAAGCACUGAGCAAUGAGGAAGCAAUGGAGAUGGAUGUCACCGAACAGCAACAAGUAGCUAUGCAGCAGGAAGAGAGGGUACUGACGGAACAAAUUGAGAGCCUGCAGAAAGAAAAGGAAGAGUUAACUUUUGAGAUGUUAGCCCUGGAGCCACGGGCCUCCGAUGAUGAAACUCUCGAGUCUGAGGCUUCAAUUGGCACAGCAGAUAGCUCUGAAAACCUGAACUUUGAUUCUGAAGGAACCAUCUCGGACAGAUCAGACAGAAGUUUAGCACUUGGCUUGGCAAGACCCGGCAAGACGGAGCCUCACGGUUCCACCAGAUCACGGCGCCAUCUGAGAAAACAGCAGGAAUCAGUGGACUCCGUGGACUCCUCGGUUUCUUCUCCUGCUGUGUCGCCCUCCUCCUCCUCCUCCUGUUUACCUCACGUAACUAGGAAACGAUUCCAGAUAUACUCCAAGUCCCCCUUCUACCGAGCCGUUCCCUCUGGAGGUGGUGCCACAGUUGAGCGCUCACCAGGCCUCCUCAUUAAGGGCUUGGACGACAGGCCUCAAUUCACCACGCGUGGGACAUUCAAUCCUGAAAAAGGCAAACAGAAACUGAAGAAUGUGAAGAACUCUCCCCCCAAAGCCAAAGAGCUCCCUGAGGGGGCUGCUGGGACAAGCAGGAAGAGACACCCCGAUGCUGCUGAUUACACCAGUCCCCAGCAGUUGGUGCUGCUUGGAAAUAAUGAGUUCAUGGUAUGAGCCAGUGUAUCCGCAGCAGCAUUGAGAACAUCUUAUUCUAGGCAUUGUCACUUCAGCACCAUCUGUUGCCACCUCCAUUGUUGGAACUCCUGCCAUUCCCCAAGUCAGCUUAUCCUCCUGACUCAUUGCUUGGAGCCCCAGCGUUACAUUGCAAAUGCAGAAGAGAGGAGGCCAACACUUGAACAGAAGCCAGUGGAGGAAAGUUCAGUUGUGGCCUUAACUGACUUUAACUUCUGGAACUCAAUGAACUUCUUAGUGCAUCAGGCUGGCAGUGAGACCGUAAAGACGAGGGAGAGAAUGGCUGCGAGGCCAUGACCAGGAUUCCCAUUGGCCCCUGAUUCUGUCUUCUACGGGCAAGGGAACGUGCUCCCCAGCCAGGAGCGCUCGGAGGUCUGUCGGAGUUCAGGGAGCUGUUCUUGAUCCUGAUUGUCAGAGCUGCUGACUUUGGGAUUGGGUAUUUGCACUGGGAUCAAUAAGCAUGGACUUUCCUAGAAGAGGAAACAGAGCCCUUUGUUCAGAGCUAUUUAUAAUGCACUCCAUAGUGUUGUGGGACGAUAUAAAAAUACUCAUGUCCACUCAAGCACUUCUCAGACAUCCACCAGGUAGAAACCUGUUGUGGGAAAUAAUUAUUUGUUUGUCUCUUUGUUUCCUUUCAAGCCUGUUUGUUUCAUAAUGUUUUAAUAAUCAAUGCCAGUUUGAUUCCAGGUAGGUCGAAGCCAAAUAUUUGUGCCGAAUUUCCAGUAGCCAUAACCACAGUGUUUCCUGCAUUGUCGAGGUGCAGGAUCAAAUUUUUGGAAAGCAAAAGAAACAUUAAGAGGUAAAACUCGUGUUUUUCUGACUGUGCCCCAAACAAUCUGUGCAGGUAAUUGAACAUAUAGUUUGCAAAUUCUGCCAGAAAGGAAUAACUUCACACUCAGAAUUGCUUUAUUGAAGCAAUAUGCAAUCUAUAAGAAGGCUGCUGUUACUGUCAGUCUGUAAAAGAAGUGGUUUCACAUCAUUUACUUUGCUGAACAUCAGUAUUAAAAGGCACAAACCCCCCCCCCCCCCACCGGACUACUUGAAGCUCUUCGUUAGUAUUAUGGUUACUGAAGUUAAAUGUAAAUAAAACGUCUUAUUUUUAAAAAAAACUUUUGUUUUCCACAAUGUGGGCCAUUUUUUAAUCUGGGACAUUUAAGCCGGAAAGAGAAAAAAAAGAGGGGAAAGUACUGGAUACUAGAGAUCUCUCUGCAGUAAGGAAUUGUUAUUUUCCACCAGUUCUGUGGGAUCACAUUAUCUAGAAGUUUGCCCUUCUUGUUUAAAUUACUGUGAAUGCCUGGGAAGAGCCCUUUUUCACGUUGACAGUAAGGUCUGUUUCUUUUUAAACUGGCUCCUUUAAACUCCUUCCCCCAUGGGGGCAUGUGAUAGCCCCAUAGCCCUGCUGUAACGGCAUGGUGGGAAACACUUGAUGGGAUGUUUGUACAACUGGCUGUCCGGUUAUGUACCCUCCAUACACAUGUAGCUGCAAUUUUUUUUUAAAAAAAGUAAUACAUCGAUUUAUUGAAAAUGUUGAAUAGGGACAACAGAUCAUGAUUAUAUGCAUAAAAUUGGGGUAUUUUUUAACCUUUGCACAGUGUUUCCACCUUUCCUUUCUGAGCUGCUGGAAACCAAUUCAAAAAAAAGUAAUGUCUCCAAGCUCUGAGUAGAUUCCAAUUAGUUUUUUCCACUGAAAGGUCUGUUUGAGUGAGAAUCAGUAGUGUGUCAGAUACUUAAAACUACCCUCAAAUGAGCAUGUGGGGCCCCUUCAGAUUCAAUUUAGGACUCUUGAGUUUUGCAAAGCAUCCUUUGCACCGGAGCCCUAGUUUCAAUAAUGUGGCCUAAUAUAGACCCAGAGGUCUUGAUGUGUCCAUCGUGUGGAUGGGCUACCUUUACUAUGUAAAUUCAGGAGGCCAGAUUCAAUGCUAUUGUUGAUCAACACUAUGGGUAGUAAUAUACCUUUCAAAAACCCCUCACAUCUUUAGAGUUAUAAUUGGAUGCUUUACUAUAAAGAGGCCUUAUUAAACAAGUAAAGCUGUCCCUUUAGUGACUGUAGCUAGCAAUUGCUCUCUUAGGCUGAAUCCACACCUGUAAAAUAAUUUGUCCAUACUCUGAUCCCAAUCCUGUUUGAACACAGAAUUCCUCAAGUUUUGAAGUGAAAUUAGGUUUUUAAAAAUGUGUGUCCUGUUUUGAACCUGGAGAGGUGGAGGAUGGGACAUUGACACCUGGCAAGAGUAGUGCCAUCAUUUCUGGUUUCUGAUGGGCAAAGAAGGCAGAAGAAAUAAGGAAGGCAAAGGACAGAGUGAUAGGGACAAGACAAAAAAGAAAUAGUGGCAUUGGCUAAGCAAAACUGAAUGAAAGCGGCGGUGCUUGCAAGUGUAGAUAGGGCCCUGUUCAAACCCUUUCUAGCAGCUGUUUGUAUUGAUUUUGCCAGUAUUUUUAAAACACCAUCACUUCAGUGAUCUUUGAAAGAGGAGUGUGUUUCUUGUAGAUGGAAUUGAGGAGAAGCUAAAAGAUUCUAUCUUACAGUUAUAUGUGUUUUGAUGUGUGUUUUUGUGUUCAUGGAAUUUUAACACCUUGCCCUCGUGACCUGCAUGGCUGGAACGGUUAUACAUGCGCUACCAGUUUUCUCGGUCCAUCCAGCAUUGUAAGAGCGCUUUUAAAAACUUCAUGAGAACUAUAGAAAAGCAUUGUAUAUUCCCUCCAGCAUCAGGGUCACUGCAGUGAUAUGUUCUGUGUUCCUGAAUUUCAGACCCCACCAUGGUCUUUCUCGUUCGUUCAAAUUCAGGAGAGAUUGUACUCUUGAGGACAUAGAGAAGAAACUCUUGGUAAGAUUUGACCAGCAUUCAUUGGCACUGAACAAGACCAUAGACCCCGAAAGGGCAUCCACCUCCCCCUUGCCUUCAUUACGCUGCUUCCCUGUUUCCCGAAAACCAGGCAAUAGUCAACACAUCUACCAUGAAAAAGCUUAGGUGCUCAUUUCUGUUCGUGCAGUAAAGACUCUUGGCAACGUCUUUUUCUAAUCAGUCAAGAACUGUCAGAUGAUUUAUGUGCUGGGAAAUGCUGGGCUUUGCAUACACUCCAGAGGGUUAGUUCCCUUUUCUUCCAGUGCAAAGCUCCUUUUGUCAGCAUUAACCCCAAGGAAGGGAUGGGUCCAAGUAAGGCUUCUUUUGUGAACAUGGGCAGCAGGAAGAAACGUUUCUUCUUGGGGAAAAUAAAAACCCUGUCCGUGUUUCUGCUUGUCCCCUGUCUUCCAGGUUUGCAGUCUUUCUUCCCUUGCCCCAGCACAGCCCAUAAGUGUGGGGUUUCGUCCCUUUUUUCACUCCAUGGUAUUAAGUGAAUGUACUCACCACUAGGAAGGACAUUGGCUGCAUAUAAUUAUUUUUAAUGGAAAUUUCAAAAGUAAUUUAUAAGUAUACUGAGUGUAAAUUUCAAAAGCAGACUAUGUAUUGUAAAAGGAUAUAUUGUCCUGUGUCAUAUUCUAUACAUUUUACUUGUUUAAAGAAGAACUCUUAUCAAGGAAAAUGCUUUAUUUUGCCCUCUCAGCUGGUGACCUGCAGGGAUGCAGUCAACCAGCACGUUGUAACUUCAUGUCUGGAAAGUUUCUUUAAUGUUUUUUUUUAAAAAAUUAAUGUUAUUUUUUGUUUUCCUUUUCUGGAACAAGGCCGUCAUAUUUAAAGUGCAAUUUGUGUAAUAUUUCGUAAAUAUGAUACUCUAUGGCUGUACAAAAACAACUUUAUGAACAAAUAACCCUUAGCUUAUUAAAGAACAAAGCAAUGGCAAAUAAAACGAUAGUGGCAGAUA